AUGGAGUCGGCAACUGUUGAGGCACCGCCGAUUCCACGCAAGCCAUCAUGCGUUCUUUGCAAAUCGCGGAAAGUGAAGUGCGAUCGCGAGAGCCCGGCGUGCGGAGGCUGCGUCAAGGUUCGUGAUCCCAAGUCAUUGGUAAUUCAGUUAGGCGUGGAGUGUGUACCACGCGAAAACUCAAAGACACGGAACCGGAAGAAGCCCAAUGUUGAGCUUCAACGAAGACUCGCGCGAUGUGAGGAACUACUCCAACAGUUCGUGGCUGCAGAAGAGCGUGAGAAGAGUAGUGAGGGCACCCGUACCGAGCCUAGUCCGAAAAGCAAUACAAGUACAAGGAUUGAGGAUCACGAUCGGAGCCGGGAUCGCGAAAUGCAAGCGCUUGAGAAGUCUCUGGGAAAGCUCGUUAUCGACAAAGGGUCUGUCAGGUUUACUGAUAGCACCCCUUGGGCCACAGUAUUCGAUGAGGUAAAAGCUCUAUCAACGGUCACUCGCCAACCAAAUGUCUGA